UGAGUUAAUGGUUGAAUUAAAAUCGGCUAUUUUAUCAAGCUGAGAAGUCACGUACUAUAAAUUUGACCCAUUUGCUCAUUGCCUAAUAUAAAGGAAAUGCUGUUUAUAAGUACCUUAAUAAAUAUGAGUCAUGGGGAAUAAAGGCCAUAUACAGCACACCUAACAACACAACUAAACCCAACCUUUUCACUGCGGUCAAAAGUUUUCAACCUGUCGCGUGGCGUCCUCUCGUGGACUGUCAAACUUCAACGCCUCAGUUUCCUGUGGACUUGUGGCAGUGGUUGUAAUAUCAAUGCAGCAAUGCUGCAGUUUAUGCUGGAAUUAAAUUAUAAGGUAUUGCGAAACAAACAAAAACAUUCUUCGAAGAAAAAAAUUAUACUUACAAUAGGCUAUUAUUUUUCUAAUGUUUUAAAUAAAUACUGUUGCUAAUGUUUACAUCACAAACCUUUUUCUGUAUACACUACAUCAACUUGCCGGAGUUCAUCCAGUUUAUUUGUUUGGAUUUUUCCGAGUUCCUUUGAUGCACGUUUGCAUCAAUUUGGGCUGUACCACAGGACAAAAAGGGGAGACUACAAAACAGAUAAACAAAAUAGCCCUGCCACACACUGUUCGCUAGAAUGGUCAAUUCAGUGCAAGCUCGAAGACAUAAUCUAAAAAUGUCCCCAAUAAUACAAAUUUACUCCACUGACAACAGCCUUUGCUUGUUGCACCCCUAUUGCACCCCUGACGUAUAGUAGUAGCCUACAUCCCGCACCUGGAUCGCGAGAUAGAUUCAGAUCGAGUGUGUAGAAUCGACGCUGAGCGGAGAACAGGAGGAUUCAAAUACCUCUAAAGCGGGCGACCUGCUCAGCCCUUCGGGUGUGGGGAGGGUGACUGUUUCGUGUCUUUGCUGGACCGGGGGAGCAGGGAGGAGAAGGAGGAGGAACGGAUAAUGAGCUAUUCUUGUACCAGCACAGGCAACAGCCAGGACCCAUCUAGCGCUAAGAAGUCCGGCGGCGUUAAUCCCGGUAGUUGCAGCGGCGGAGACUCCGGUAACGGCAACAACAGCUACAGCAUCCGCGGCAGCCAAGCGAACCCGAAGCCCGAAAUAACCGAGGCCAUGAAAGUCAAGAAGGGCUGCAACACGACAGACGUUGGGGUCCCCGUCACCACUGAGGACGAAUUGCUCGCGAACAAAACAAUCAGCCCCGAAGAUGUGCUGGGAUUGCAGAAGAUCACUGAAAACUAUCUAUGUAGUCAAGAAGACAAUGUGUACAAUAUUGACUUCACAAGGUUCAAGAUCAGGGACAUGGAGACAGGGACAGUGCUGUUUGAGAUCACUAAACCUCCAGCCACAGAUAUAGGUGGGGAUAAAAGAGAUGUUGAUCCAAACGCUGGCCGAUUUGUACGUUAUCAGUUUACGCCGGCUUUCUUACGGCUACGUCAAGUAGGAGCCACCGUUGAAUUCACAGUGGGAGACAUCCCUAUCAAUAACUUCCGGAUGAUUGAGAGGCACUAUUUCCAUGAACAGCUGCUGAAGAGCUUUGACUUUGAGUUCGGCUUCUGCAUUCCCAGCAGUAAGAACACCUGCGAGCACAUCUACGAGUUCCCUCCACUCUCAGAUGAUCUCGUACGUGAGAUGAUCCUACAUCCCUACGAGACACAGUCUGACAGUUUCUACUUUGUGGACAACAAGCUGGUCAUGCACAACAAAGCAGAUUACUCUUACAGCGGAGGCCCUUAAAACACCAGUGGCAGGAGCAAAAAGCAGAGAGUUUGACUGAAAGACCUAAGAACCAAUCACACGUCUUUGUCCUCCAAUCAUGCCCUCCUUAAAUCGAUGUCAUAAACCACUGCCUACAGUGCUCAUUGCCAGAGUCAUACUUUCAUAAGGUGUUGUCUGAUACAUACAUUUUGUAUUCUCAUCAGCAUUAAAUGUUGUUUUUUCACGCCCUAAACACAAGCAAAUUAAAAUAUGGUUCCAUGUUUUGUAUGGACAAAGCACUGUGAUGUGAAUGGUACUUAGGUUUUGCAUUUUCUCAAGUGUGUGUGUGGGGGGUUUGAUUUCAGUGAUUUUGUGUGUUUGUAGACAGUGCUCACAAUUUAAGACUGAUAAGAUCAUUAUAUAUUGCUGAUGUGAAAUAUUUAUUUUCCCAUCUGAAUAAGCUACAUAUCUUGAUAUCAUAUUUCACACUUGUGAACUUUUCAACCUGAAUAGAACAUAUAAUUUUAUGAUGAGACCUUGACACAAUAAUCGAUAGAUUUGUGUUGCAUUAGAUAUAUUUUGAUACGUGAACUAAGUUGAAACUUGCUUAAUUUUGAGAUGUUGAUAUUUGUGUGGAUACAAACAUAAACCAGCAGAAAAAAAGUGAAUUAAAACCAUUUAAGAUCUCUUAUGUGUGAACAGCUGACAUGGAUCUACAGUGCUGUGCAGUUUGGUCAACAGUAUUCACUUGGUAACAUAAUAAAAACCUUUGCUUUCAAAGGUCUGCAUAAAGUUCCUGAUGGCAUGUGAAAAGAUGCCGUUUACAUCUAACAGAACAGAAAAGGGAUUAUAGCACAUUACAAGCCUCGACAUUUUAGAUGUCUGGUUUGUGUGUUUUCUUUUGUAUUUGUAAAAAUCACAAGGAAAUAAAUUUCUGUUUUCAACUUUCUAAUGUACAUCAGUGAUCAAGAGAUAGCUUCUCCUUGUAUGUGCAACUUGCUUGCUCUUUCUCACACAUUUCAGUGAGUUAGGCCCCUCAUGGAUGUUUAGUGCAUUUAGCAGAGGUUAGAUUUAAUGUUUUAUCCAAGGAUGUGUUCUAUGUGUAUCUAUGAUAUUUAUAUUCAUAGUGCAAAAAGUGCAUUUAGGAAAAUGAUUAAAGAAAUGCUCUCUGCCUUUGGUUAAAGAGACACUUUCAGGAGUCUACUCAGAGUGUAAGAACUAAAAUGGAUUAACUUGAAUAAUGUUUCUAGUCAAAGAUGGAAUGGAUUUAUUUAUGAUUUUGAUUUAUUGUAAAUGAUUUUGAGGAAGGAAAAAAUGUUUUGGACAGUUCAAAUUCCAAUCUGGAAUAAAAGAAGUAUAAAUGUAUAUGUUGAUUAUUUUGUGAUUAUUGUUAUUAUUAUUAUUAUUGAAGGUUUAUUUUAGCUGUUUAUGUUGUUUUGUAAAUUAUAGUAUUUUUUUAAACGUUUAAUUUUAGUGUUUAACUUGACGUUAAGGCAGGAACUUUUUCUACCUGCUGGUGGAUACAGGAACUGCACCCUCCGUUGCUUAAGAGCAUGUUUCCCCAUUGAAUAGAAGAGUAUAGCUGCAGGCAGAGCUCCAAAAAGGGGGCGGGAGUUCCAAGCCACCAACAAAGAUAUGGGGAGACCCUAACCCUUUUUCUUACCUUAAACAUGAGUGGAAGUGACUCCCCUUUUGGAGUUGGCUCAACACCCUUUUGGUGUAGCCCCACCCUCUUUUUUUAGAUCCCACCCCCAUUCGGAGGUCUCCGGCCUGCAGCUAUACCUACUUGGCAUUGACGGCCAUUCAAAACCAACCAUGGAUUUUUACAAGAAAAAAAUAAACUUU